CUUUUCUUGAUUCUCAAGUCAAUACUAUAUAUAUGUACCAUACAAAUAUUCCAUCAAGCUAUCCACAGCACUGAACUUCCUCUCCAUGUCAUAAUGUCUAAUUGGUCUGAACUUCCUCAAGAUCUUCUACUCAUUUUGCUUGAAAAAUUAGACAAUUUAUUCGAUUAUAUUCGCUUCUGCAGUGUCUGUUCGUCAUGGAGAUCAGUUGGUAAAACAGACAGCCACCGUAUUCGCCGCCAACCACCAUGUCUUCUCUUUUCAAGCGGCAAAUUUUUGCCCAUUACUCAACUUCAGAAUCCCCAUCCUCCAAAGUCACCAUUGCUUUCACUGCCUCAAAACACUGCAUGUCUAGGCUCUUACAGGGGCUGGCUGGCCAUUCUCAAUCGAGACGUGACUAUGCUGCAUUUGCAAAAUCCUGUCUCUGGCCAACAGAUUGCACUCCCUCCUCUCAAAGCUAUUAUAGAUAAUCAUAAAAGCAAUUAUCAGCAUAGAACUUCUGUCUGGCCGAUAAAGAAAGCUGUUUUAUCCUCAGAGCCCUCGUCUUCAAGCUGUUUUGUCGUGGUUAUAUGUUCAAUAAGUGACUUGUUCUAUUGCAAGCUUGGAGAUGCAACCUGGACUCGUUUACUAGUGCCAGGAUUUGCAGAAUCCAGGGGCUUUUCUGAUGUCACGUAUCACAUGGGACAACUUCUUGCUUUACAAAGUACCGGAACCAUCUUCACCACUGAUCUUAAUUCCUCUUGUCCAAGGCUGACCAAGUUAGACACAGUCGGAUACACAUGGAAUCAUGCUUACCUGGUUUCUUGUGGAGCUGAGCUCUUAGUAGUCUCCCAUCGUGAGGCCUGUAAUGGUGUUACCAAAUUUGAAGUUCAAAAACAAGAUUAUAUCACAACACAGUGGAGGGAUGUGAAAGAUUUAGGGGGAUAUGCUUUGUUCUUGGGAUAUAAUCGAUCUUUCGCCGUGUUAGCUACUGGUUUGAAGGGCAUUCAAGCAAAUCAUAUAUACUUUACCCUUGUUAAAAGCUACAAAAUAGACUGGCAAUAUCAGUGUUUACCAGCAGAGCAUGAGGUAGGCAUGUAUGACUUGGAACAGUCCAAAGUCAAGCCAAUUUGCCAAAACAACAUCAGUAUUGCUGCAGAAAACACAUCUGUUUGGUGGGUUCCCAAAAUACAAUAA